UACCAUUCAAAAUACGAGAGAAAAAUUUUUGGCAAUUCUCUCAAAUUUGGCGUGAUUUCUCACAAACAUAGAUUGUAUGAACAGUAAUAUUUAAGUUCCUUCUGCUUUCAUAAUAUACAGCUAUGGCUUCAUAUGAAAUUAAAAAGAGGAUGUAUAUAAAUGACGCAGCAAGAAUUGACGGAAGAGUUGUCAUUGUAACUGGAUGCAAUACUGGAAUUGGAAAAGCAACAGUUCAUGAAUUGGCUGAAAGAGGAGGUAAAAUCUAUAUGGCAUCUCGUAAUGAAGAAGCAACAUUACAAGCAUUGAAUAAAAUCAAAGAAUCUACCAAAAAUGAACAGCUUUACUUCCUCAAACUUGAUCUUGCUUCAUUGGAUUCAGUCAGAGAUUUUUCACCUUUUAAUAGAACUACUGAUGGAUUUGAGUUGAAUUUUGGAGUCAAUCAUUUGGGACAUUUUCUGCUUACAAACUUGUUGCUUGAUUCUUUGAAAGCUGGAGCCCCGAGCCGCAUCAUUAUUGUCUCAUCAGCUUUACAUAAAUAUGCAAAUAUCAACAGAGAUGACAUCAACUGUGAACGUGACUUUCCUGGAACUUUCAAAGCUUAUGAAAAUAGCAAACUCUGCAAUAUUUUAUUCAUGCGAGAGCUUUCAAAACGAUUAGAAGGAACUGGUGUUGUUUGCAAUGCAUUAUCUCCAUUUUUGAGUGACACUGAUGCUACUCGAUACUUAAAUUCCAUCCAAAGAUUCUUCUUUGAUAUUUUGAAAAAGUCAUUUUUUUACAAUUCACCAGAAAUUGGAUGUCAACCGAUUGUUAUGCUUGCUGUUGAGCCAUCGCUCUCUGAUGUCACUGGAAAAUAUUAUGUUCAAUUUAAAGUCAAGGAACCGACUUUAAGGAAACAAAAUUAUGAGUCUUGGUUGUGGGAAAAAAGUGAGGAAAUGACGAAGGUUUUUGGAAAAUAA